AAAAUUAAUUUUUUCAAAAAUUUACAUUCAAAUUAACUAAUUUAAUGACAACGUGGAAGGUUGCGUAGGAAAUUAAAAUAAUAAUAUUAUGUGCCAAGAUAAUAGCUUGUUAUACAAUGACUUGGUAAAAAAAGGACUAAUCGUGAAGGAUGGAAUGAAUUAUGGAGCAACAUUCAGUAUAUACGAAGAGGACCCUGAACACUUCCACGGACAUGGCUUAGUGUUCAUUAAGCAUUCUGAUGAGGAACUUAAGAUUAGUUCGAUAGUUAGGUGGAAUAGAAUCUCCACAUUUGCAAAUAAAAAGACGAUUAUAGCAUUCAUCGAUUGUUCGAAACAGACUAUAAAAUAUGCUUAUUUGGAACGUUAUAAGCUUAAAUGAUCCUAAUUUGGCAUUGGUCGCCAUGGAAUCACACACCCCCUUAUAUUUGAAAAUUUUAAUAAUAAUUUCCUG